AUGGGACUCUCCCCUCAGCAGAUACGCUUCCGCACGACCAACCAGGGUGGCCGAACGAAUUCACUUGCCUUCGCGAAGCAGGAUUGCCACACGUGUGCUAAUUCGAGGGCAAAGUGUGACCGGCGAAGGCCAAAAUGCGGCACAUGCUUGCAAAGUGGUCGCACAUGCGGCGGAUUCACUCUUGAUAUCAGAUGGAAGGACAACCUGAAGUCCACCCUAGCCAGCCACAGCGUGCCGUAUCCAUCCAGCAGUUCAGUCCAAGGAAAGGACAACCAGAUAUUUAAGUUUGUCCAAGGCCGAGGUAAGAGGAGACGCCUUCAGAAAGGUCAGAAGCACGGCGAGUAUGACGGCUUCAGCUAUCAGUGGCGUGUGCCGACGUCUAUUCUCGUUCAAGACUAUGGCUCAGAAACAUCAUCAAAAACGCCAAAUGACUACUCAGCGAGCUUGACUGUCCUCGAUGCGGCAGAGGACAUAGGUGGUCCUGUCUAUGAACAGUUUCCUCCUCAAAGAUUUGGCGACAGUGAAUCACUCCGAAUGUGUACCACUCUCGCAAAAUGUAACCUCAAUAUUCCAGCUUCAGAGUUGAUACAUGCUGAGGACGUGGUGGACUUCGAGUCCUCAGCAACUUCUGACUAUAUAAUAUUGGGUGAUGAUUCAACCACAAAUCAGUUUUUCAAUCUAAGCUAUAACAACAUUGGUCCAUGCACGAUCCAGUUCUCAAACGUUGCAGAUAAGUAUCGCGCUGUACUCGAGCUAUAUGAUCGAGACUACUGUGUGAUACCCCUUAGUGGAGACUGUCAAUCAAAUCCUUUCCGGGUCGAUAAUGCUCGCAUACACGACGCGCCCUUCUUAUUACAUGCAGUUCUGGCGUUAGCUACCCAGCAUUUAGCAAAACAAAACAAAACUCAGGAUUUUUCCACGGAAAUGCUCAGCCAUUGGUCAAAUGCAAUGCAACUGUUUAGUUGUGCAUUAAGCCAGCCAUCGCAAAUUCUCAUGAUAGACACGUUAUUGAUUCUAAUUAAUUUUGAGAUUACUCAAUCAGCAUCGGCGUAUUGGGGCGUCCACUUGAAUGGCGCUCGAAACUUACUAGAACAAUCCUCUGCACUCCAAAGGAUAGCCGUGAACUCGAAGUUGCGCGCACAAGUCGCUAUGCUUGUAUGGUGGGAUGUCACGAUCGCUUUCAUUUCUCGAAGGCAGCCUCGCUUACCGCAGACGUAUUUACAAGCCGUCAAAUCAUGCAAGGAGAGCAAUAGCUGGUCCUUCUUUACCCUUAAUGGAUGCCCGAUUGAGUUCGUCAGUUCGAUGGCCCGUCUUGCAAAGCUGGCCUCGAUUUACGAGAAAACCCUUCAAAUGGAAUGGACCACGUUCAACGACUUCCCAGUUUUUGCCGAAAUGUGCCAGAUACAGGCAUUUGUUAACCCAGAGCACGUGUUCCUGGACGACCUUGACGCUCAUACUCUCGAUGACAACGUUGAUUUGAAAAGAAAUCGCUAUCAUUGCAUAGAAGCAUGGCGCAACGCCAUUCUUUUGUACGUAUACCAGGUUUUUCUCCCCCGAAAGGACCAAGAUAACGUACGCAAGAGAGCAUAUCUUGCACGAUCUGUACUUGACAACGUACGCUGCAUCCCAAGAUCGGACAUGAUCCAAAAGCAAGUAUUGCUGCCAGUAUUCCUUGCUGGCGCAGAGGUCAAGACCGAUGCCGAUCGCGAAUUCUCAAAACAGUACUGCACAUACUGGAGCGCAGCCUCGCGCUUCUAUCAUUUCGGUUCCGCAUCAGAGCUCCUAGAAGAAAUAUGGGACGAGAUGGACAAAUCAGCCGACGAACAGUACUGGUGGGGAGUCAAAGUUAGUUCGCACGGCACGACGCAUGCAGACGACAAGGAAGACUCAAUGAUUCAGGAAAUUCUCCUGGGGUAG